AUGGUCGAAACUUGUGGUGAUGGGGAGCACAGACUCUACCCAUUCGAGCCUUCCACAGCAGCAGCAGCUAUAUACGCCGUCGCGUUUGGGAUACUUACUGUGGGCCAUACAUUUCGGAUGUUCCAAUCGAGGCAAUGGUUCAUGUCAAUUUUGGUCGUCGGCAGCAGCUUCGAAGUUGGUGGCUUCGCUGUCCGGCUGACGAGUAUCAACGACCCGUGUACCUUGGGCAUAUACAUAGUACAAUACCUCCUGAUUCUCCUCGCUCCUUCAAUAUUCUCGGCAAAUAUCUACAUGAUUCUUGGGAGGACAAUCAGAGCAGUCCACGGCGAGGCCUUGUCCCCUAUCCGCCCAACCUGGUUGACAAAGAUCUUCGUCACUGGUGAUGUCCUCUGCUUUCUCAUCCAAAUGGCCGGCGGUGGCAUGCUAGCUGGCGCUGAGGGGGACAAGAAGAGAGCUGACUUGGGCAAAUUCACUAUCCUGGCAGGCCUUUUCCUACAAAUCGUUCUGUUUGCAGUGUUCAUUGUCGUGUCCUACAUAUUCUACAACCGUCUACGCAAGCAGCCCACUCCGCGGUCUCGACAACCCGAAAUUCGUUGGCUCACCAUGCUCUACGUCCUCUUUGGUGUCAGCAUGCUUAUCACAGUUCGCAAUAUCUUUCGCGUCGUCGAGUACGCUGCUGGGGAGGAUGGCUACCUGCUGACGAAUGAAUGGCCAAUGUAUGUCUUUGACGCAACGCUCAUGCUCUCCGUGGUGGCAAUCCUGUUAUGGUGGUUCCCUACCCUGAUUCGCCCUCGAAAUGCCUACAUGAUGGACACUUUGGAGUCUCAAGCACCCCUCACGGAUCGGAGCCAAACGGGCUACAAGCACGUUUCAAGCGACUUCCCUUCAUCGCUUCCUCCUCGCCACGGCUAUUAA